AUGGCGGAAAAUAAUACUCGACUUCGCAAACGACCAUUACAUCGUCCACGAAUUUCUAAAAGAAGCAUAAGCAGUGAUAUAUCCAAUGACUCAUUUUGUUUUGAAAGUGAUAACCAACAACAACAACAAACGCAACAGCGUUCUUCAUACGUUCGUAAAAAAGUCGAAGGUUUAAUUUGUAGUAUUUGUGAAGGACUAGCACAUGGUUAUAAUUUUGAUGCAAUCACAUGUGAAUCAUGCAAAGCUUUUUUUCGACGAAAUGCAUUGAAAGCUAACGGAAUAUCUAAAUGUCGUAUAAAUAAUGGUCAAUGUAAAAUAACAGUAUCAACAAGAAAACAAUGCAAAGCAUGUAGAUUAGCAAAAUGUUUUGAAAAUGGUAUGAGAGCUGAUUGGAUAUUAACGGAUGAAGAACGGUCCAAUAAACGACUAAAAAUUGAAGAAAAUCGUCGUCUUCGACAAAUGUUAUAUCCAGAUUCACCAGAAAUAGAUGAAAUAGAAAUUAUGCAAACUAUAAUUGAAUCCUGUGAUCUUGAUGAAGUCGAAAAAGAUGAUAAUCAUGAUAUUAAUCCUCGUGUAUCAUCAUUUGCAACACCGCUCACAUCAUCAUCAUCCUUAACGUCAAACGAUUUGAUAAAAAUUCAACAAAUCGAACAAGCCUAUAUUGAUUCUAUUCGUUUGACAUCAUUAUCAUCGGACUUUCCUCCAUAUCCUCAAUCAGCACCAGUAAAUACAACGCCAAAUUUAUUUAAUUUUUUAACAAAUAUUUUAGCAACACGUCUUAUAACAUAUCUUAAACUUUUACCAGAAUUUUCAUCAUUAAAUUCACAUGAUAAAUUAAUUUUAACAAAAUAUAAUACAUUUACAUUAACAUAUAUUCGUGCUACAUUAAAUUAUGAUCCAUCAAGAGAUAUUUAUCAUGAACCUAAUACCGAUGAAUGUGUUUUUCUAAACGAGGAUAUAAUUCAAUGUCAUUCUAGUUUACAUCAAUAUAAACUAACAAUUAAUUGUAUAAAAAAUUUAUUAAAAGCUUCAUUAAAUGAUCGAUUUUUACUCCAAGUAUUAUUGAUUAUUAUGGGACUUUCGAAAGGUUCAUCGAUAUGUACAAAUUUUGACGAAAUGGAACCAAUAGCACAAGAUAUUUUAUCAAUAUAUCAUGCACAAAAUGUAUUUGUUGAUUUAUUAUGGAAAUAUUGUGAAAAUAAAUUUGGUUUUUCUACAACAGUAAAAACAUGGUUAAAUCUUACAAUAUACUCAAUGGAUACACAUUUACAAGCAUAUGAUUUUCGACAUCGUGCGUUUAAAAAUCAUGCUAUUAGUGAUCAACUUUUACCAUUAAUUAAAUCUGUUCUAUUAGUGAUUGAAAAAUAA